UUGUUCAUGAAAACAACACAUAUUAAUCGUGUUUUAUAAAAACGCAUUUCCGUGUUGUUAAAAAACGGUUUCCCGUGUUGUAAAAAAACGGCUUUCCGUGUUGUUACAACACGUUUUAGGCGUUUUCCUCUUUGUCGCCCGAUUCGACACAUAUCAUGGCGUGUUGCUGUUGUGCAUAUCCGCACACUUGAAAUGCGUUGUUGGCUUGCGAGUAAAUUCACUCGCAAGAAUGGCGAAAAAUACAACAAAAUAUUUUUUUUUUACCGAGAAUUACUGGAUGCGUCUCGUUCGUGAACCUCGGAUAUCAAAGUUCGAAGAUUUGGAAACGAAUUAUUUCUGAGAAAAAUUCGUAUACAUCGAGGGGGGAUUCGAUCGACCUACCUACCUAACACGCUCUAACUUAACGGACGCACGCUACCCACUACACUAAUUCGCUCAUGAGUUGGCUCGAGUCUGCGCUCCUAUAGCGUUAAGACCAUACGGCCAUGUGAUGAAAACUUGCUUCUCGUUUUCGUGAUUAUUCGGUUCGAUUCGGUCGGCGAAAAGACGCAUACGUUUAAUUCACUUAUUAUUUGUGCCACUCAGCGAGCAUAAAAAUGGAAAAAACGAUUUAUUGCAAAAACGAAGAGCGAUGCAAAAAAAUUAAAUUUUGCAAAGUGAACGAAAAAAUGAGUGAUUCCGAAUGUGUCAUCCAAAAAAUCCGCGAAGCUUGUGAAAACGACUUGCUUCUGAAAAAGAAAAUCGAAAAUCAAGCCAUCGUGUUACAGAAGCUGAUUCAAAAUCAAAACAUUUUAUGUGACAUCGAAGCAGAGGAAGAAAUAAUCGAUGAAUUGGAAAUAACCUGCAUUGUUCCGUUAGGCGAAAGUCUUCUAUCGUGUUCAACGAUCUACGCUAUCGAUCAAGACGGCUCUCUCAUUGAAACCCAAGAAAAAAUAAGUGAAUGUGUGGAGGAGAAAGAAAAGGAAAACCAAUCAAUCAACAGACAAUUUAAAAAACUGAAAACAAAUGACUUCACUGAAAAAAGAAGCAUAAUUUCAAGCUUCGUUGGAACGCCAACAUCAUUGCCAGAACUGACCCCGGAGUUGGUUCAAAAAGUGAACAACGGAGGAAUGUUACUUGCUCAAAAGUCAUUAACGUAUUUUUGGGCAACUGAUCUUUUGCAUCGCACUAAUGGCAUGCUGAGUAAAAAUGAUUAUUUCAACUACGCAAAAGCCAUUGUUAGUGCUUAUCCAGAGCUCAGCGGCGGAGACCAUGGAUGUGGGAUUGUACGACAUCAGUCAAGUACAAAUGUGCGGAAUCGACGUGCUAAUUCAGAACGAUCUGUAAUGAAAUUUGGCGAAGACAAAUUGAAAAUCGGUCAAAAUAUUCCAACUGUUUUACGAUUCAUAAAGAGCGUCCUGAUGUACAUGGAGUAGAUGCGUUAAAAGAGCUCGAAAGAAAUAUGAAUUCCGCGGUGACACACCGCACGUAUAUACGUCUAUUGCUCAAAGAGUCUGUGAAUUUACGGAAGAAAUGGAUAAAAAUAUUUACACAAAUAUAUUGGAUAUCAUAAAACGGCAAUUUCGUUUAGGUCGACAUUGACGACAAGAUAUUUGCCAUUUUAUUUUACUUUCUAAAAUGUAUUGUACAUAUAAGUAUGAGUAACUUCCCAAAACCGUGCUGAAAUCAUCCGUGUUGAAACAACACACAUUAUCAGUAUUAUAUAAAUUACAAAACGGAAAUUGCCGUGUUGUUCGAAAUUUUACGGCGUAACGUGUUGCUUCAACACGAUUCGUUAAAACAACACACCUGCGAGAUGUAUUGUGUGUUGUUGCAACACGAUUAGUUAAAACAACACACCUGCGAGAUGUGUUGUGCGUUGUUUCAACACACCUAACAACACGCUUGUUUUUGCAGUGUAGC